CAUGUUCCUCACAGUCCUCGUGCCUGGCCCAUCAAACCCAAAGAUGAAGUUGGACGUAUUCUUACAGCCAUUGAUACACGAGUUAAAAUCUCUGUGGGAGGUUGGUGUGAACACUUACGACAUAUCGUUGAAGCAAAAUUUCCAGAUGCGAGCAGCUCUGAUAUGGACUAUCAGUGAUUUUCCAGCGUACGCUAUGUUGUCUGGGUGGGGUACAGCUGGGAAAUUGGCAUGUCCACAUUGCAUGGAGAAUACAGAAGCAUUCACUUUGCCGAUGAGUGGAAAACAAUCGUGGUUUGAUAAUCAUCGGAAGUUCUUACCUCCUAACCAUGUGUUUAGGAGAAACAAAACUUCAUUCUUGAGGAAUAAGACAUGCAAUGUUGAUCCACCAGAACAAAGAUCAGGAAUACAAAUCUUGAAUCAAAUCGAGGGGUUAGGCUUCGUGAAGGUUACCGAAGACUUCGAUGGCAGGAACGCUCAACUCGCCAAAUAUCAAGAUGUAGGGUGGAAAAAGAAAAGCAUAUUUUGGGAUCUACCCUAUUGGAGAUAUCUUUUGAUUCGACAUAAUCUGGAUGUUAUGCACAUUGAGAAAAAUGUGUUUGAUAACGUGUUUAAUACUGUCCUGAAUGUGAAGGGGAAGACAAAAGAUACAGAAAAAUCUAGAGAAGAAUUGAACACCUUCUGCAAGCGGAAAGAGUUGAAGAAAGUGGAUGGAACUCGAGGGUAUCCGAAAGCAUGUUAUACGCUUGACAGGGAAGAGAAGAAGAUCUUACUCCAAUGGAUCAAGAGUCUUAAGUUUCCCGAUGGGUACGUGUCAAAUAUUAGUAGAUGCGUUGACAUGAACGCCCUGAAGAUGCACAACAUGAAAAGUCACGACUGUCACGUGUUCAUGCAAAUCCUUCUGCCUGUUGCAUUUAAAGAACUUCUUCCUAAGAAUGUUUGGGAGGCAAUUACAGAGUUAAGUUUCUUCUUCAGAGAAUUAACAUCCCGCAACGUGGCCAUAUAUGACAUGAGAAUACUGAGUGAGAAGAUAGCUGUUACUCUUUGCAAACUUGAGCGUAUCUUCCCGCCUAGUUUAUUUGAUUCAAUGGAGCACCUACCAGUUCAUUUGGCAGAUGAGGCACGAUUGGCUGGUCCAGUGCAAUAUCGGUGGAUGUAUCCUUUUGAAAGAUAUUUGAGGACAUUAAAAAAUCAUAUAAAAAACAAAGCCAAGGUUGAGGCGUCCAUCGCCAAUGCAUACUUACUUGCAGAAAUGUCAACCUUCUCUUCGUUUUACUUUGAAGAUCAAAUAUCUACAAAGUGGACAACUUUGCCUCGCAAUAUUGAGAUGCCCGUUGCUGAAAAUGAUGAUCCUCUUUGUCUCGCCAUAUUCAAACCUAUUGGGCGUUCACUUGGCCGAGGGACGAAGAGAUACAUGGAUGAGCGCGAAUGGCAUGCUGCACACAUGUAUAUUUUGAGCAAUUGUGCAGAGGUUGCAGAGACAUAUAGCAAGAUCUUCAAGGAGGAAAAACGAUAUGCAAAUCCUUACAUGACUGAUGCAGAGUUUGAAGUCGCGUUUCACAACGAGUUUAUUCUGUGGUUUAACCAUUACGUUUGUCGUCCUUGUAACGACGAGUUGAACCCUUAUAUUAGAUCGCUUGCAGCUGGACCAUUAAGGGAGAUUGAAACAUACUCCGGCUAUUUCGUGAAUGGCUACAGGUUUCACACAACUGAUCAUGAUAGAGAGAGUGCGACUGUGAACAGUGGCGUUUGCAUAAAAGGUUCGGUCUAUGGUAGUGAUAGAGAUGUGCUAGACUUUUAUGGGCGUCUGCAAGAGGUUUGCGUGCUGGAGUAUCCGGGGUAUCCAAUUAAGCAGACAGUCUUGUUCAACUGUGAAUGGUUUGACUUGUCGGCUCAGGGAACUUCUAUUGAUACAGACUUCAAGUUAGUUUCACUGAACCACACACGAAGAUAUAAGAAGUAUGAUCCCUUUGUUUUGGCGAGUCAAGUAGUUCAAGUGUUUUACUGUCCCUAUCCCAGUACGAACCAAUCAAAGAAAAAUUGGUGGUCAGCAUGCAAAGUCAACGCAAGAUCUAAGGUUGAAGUGUCUACUGCAGCAUCUACAUCAACAUUAGAUCAACCAUUUCAAGAAGAAGUGGUUACUAUUAUGCCUACUCACACAAGUGUAGGCAUUGAACAACCACUUCUCCUUCAUCCCCUCGGUGGAGUCGUUGAGAUUGAAGAUGACGAUGAAGCAGAAGACGAUGAUUCCCCGUUGACAUCUAACGAUAGUGAUGAUGAUAGUAGUGAUGCUUAUGAAUAAAUGUAAAUGCACAUUUUGGUUGAAUUUGAUUGCAAAU